AUGGGAAAUUGCACACUCAAAUCAGCAGAGUCAGAAGAUUAAACAGGUAUUAUUAUUUACAUAUUAUAGUCAUUUCUAUCUCUAAUUUCACACAGAAGAGUGUUAUAGGCAAGGGAGGUUUUGGAAAGGUAAGAUAAAAGAAAAUAAUAAAGGAAAUUAGGUCUGGAUGGUUGAGAACAAAAAGUCAAAAAGUUUAUAUGCAAUGAAAA